CACACACACUUCCCUAUGUGUGCGCGUGUUUGUGUGUGGUUUGGUACAUGUGUGAGCUUCACUGGGAGAGAGAGAGCCCGGGGAGAGAGACUAGCAGUCUAACGGUCGCAUACGUUGCGUCUCUCCUGCUUUAUCUCUUUGGUCUCGCUCUUCUCUUCCUUUACGGAGCCCUGGUGAUAUUCCACCUAUCGGAUUAGCUACCAGCCCGUGGUUCCCCCCCGCGUCUGUCAUGUCUCCCCUCCACUGAGUCUAGACAGGGGGUAUUCCUCCCCAGUAGCUCCAGAUCAGAAAAUAAAAGCCCCUUUCUUCUCUUCCUGUGGGCACAGUGGCCCUGCUGCCUCGAGGGCCUGAAACAUGGCACACAUCCAGAGCGUACAGAAGAAGACCAGCAGCAUGUCCCUGACCAUCUCGUCGUCGUCCUCCUCCCGGGAGCUCUGCUCCUCCUCCUCCAACUGUUCCUCCUCCUCCUCCGGCCUGCUGAACCAGGGACACUCCAACCUCCUGCAGACGCUGCCCGUCAGCCCGCUGACGACUCAGAGUCCGCUGCCCAGCCAGCUGUACUCAGCCAAUGGGGUGGCUCCAACCUUUGUGAAGUGCCUCCACGACGUGUGCGCCCUGAAGGGCCAGCUGGUGGUCCUGGAGUGUCGUCUGCGGGGCACCCCCCCCCUGCAGGUCAUGUGGUCCAGGGAGGACCAGCACAUCCAGGACUCCGACGACUUCAGGAUACUGAGGAAGAAGGCCAGCUCUGCACAAGUGCCAGAGGAGCUGUGCACUCUGGUGAUCACAGAAGCCUUCCCAGAAGACUCUGGCCUGUUCAAGUGCAUGGCUGUCAACCCCUUUGGCAGCGUGGCCUGUUCUGCCCUGCUUGAGGUCUACAAUGAUGUGGCGGAGCAGCUGGAGAGUGAGUUGGCCCUGGGACAAGAGAAGGAGGCGGCCUUCCUCCCUCCUCCUCCUUCUGAUUGGCCAGAGGAUGGCUCCAUCCUCAAUUUAGUAGACUUCCCUGAGCAGGCCAACCACUCUCCCCUGGAGCCCUCCUCGCCCCAGGAGCCCUCCUCGCCCCAGGAGCCCUUCUUGUACAGCGCGGAGGAGAGCCUGCUGAGCUCAGAGGGUCAAAGGUCACCCGAGGACACCCCCCUGACCCGCUCGCCCACUCCCCCUCCGCUGGCCCCCGCGCCCAAACUCUUCAGCCCCAGCAAGAUCAGUUUCAACUCCUCUUCCCACCCAGGAGCCGACAGCAUGAACCUGUCCGACCUGCCCACCUUCAAGCCCAGCGCCUUCCCCCCCAGCGGCUUCAACUACGAGCGGCCGCGCCACUUCAUCCAGUCGCAGCCCAGCUUCCAGGCGCCCAGCUAUGAGCGCUCCCAGAGCCUGCCCCCCAGCAGCCCCAGCCAGGACCCCUGCAGCCCUAGCCUGGGCCCCUGCAGCCCGGCCUCCUACAGCCCCGGCCAGGCCCCCGGCCAGGCCCCCGGCAGCCCUGAUUCCGUCUCCCAGUCCAAGACACAGUCCCACUCCCAGGCCCAGUCCCAGUCCCUCUCCCAGAACCAGUCCCAGUUCCAUGCCCAUUCGGUCUCCCAGUCCCAGUCCCUCUCCCAGAACCAGUCCCAGUUCCAUCUGCUGGCCGACUCCCAGGCAAACGGGACGAGGAAGUCCUCCCCUUCCUCCUCCGGCCUCAGCUCCCCCACCUCCCCCACCUCCCCCCCCGCCGUGGCUGCUGCCCCUCCCCCCCCCCCUCCCCCGGUCCACUCCUCCUCCGUCUCCAUCUCUGCUCCUCCUCCCCCCUCUCCUCCCUCUUACCUCCCUUCCCCCACCUCCCCCUCCUGCUUCCUCCCCUCCCCGACCUCCCUCCCCCGCACGCCCAUGCGCUCCACCAUCACCCUGACCCCCAGCGCUCCCAGUGCCACGGGGCUGGGCAGCGCCUCCCUGCCCGCCAACCCUGACGCCCGGGCCUACCUCUGCUCCGUGCUGCCCUCCCAGGGCUCCUCCUCCGCCUUCUCCAAGCUGGCCCCCCCGGGCUCCGGCAUCCCUCGCUCCCCCGCCCGCUCCCCGCUGCCCCUCUCCGGCCCCCUGUACCCCCCCGGCCACGCCCACUCCCCAGGCCACGCCCACUCCCCAGGCCACGCCCACCCCCAGCAGCUGACCGGCCUCUCCCCCUCCCUCCCCCGCUCCCCCUUCGCCCCCAUCGUCCCGGCUCCCGCCCAGGCCCCGCCCCCUGGCGUGAGCCAGAACCGGGGGAUGCCCGCCGCCGUGUCCCUCCCCCCCAGCUACAAGGCCACGCCCGCCACUCUUCCCAAGCCCAUCCUGAAGAAGGCGCUGCCCCCCCCGCGGCCCUCCUCCCGCUCCACGGACGAGGACAUCCAGGGCUCCAAGGACGCCCUGAUCCAGGACCUGGAGAAGAAGCUGCGCUCCAAGGAGGCUCGGAGGAGGGGCAGCCAGAAACUGUCCUAUGAAGAGCGCAUGGCACGCCGGCUGCUUGGGCCAGACAACGCCUCAGAUAUGUUUGACCAAGACGACUUUGCAGACGGACAGCCGGACCAGCCAGAGCAGCAAGAGGGACGACACACAGGAGGACUAUGGGGGAAGCACCACUCGGGGGCGGACGAGCGAGGGGCGGGCGAGGGGUCGGCCAUCCAGGAGAAAUGCUACCUGCCGCGAUUCCUUCAGAUCCCCUCCGACCUCACGGUGGAGGAGGGGCGCUUCUGCAGGAUCGACUAUAAAGUGGGCGGGCUCCCCAGCCCGGACGUGUCCUGGUACCUGGACGGGAAGGCCAUCCGGCCGGACGACUACCACAAGAUGCUGGUGUGCGAGAAGGGCAUGCACUCCUUCAUCAUCGAGAUCGUGACCGUGCACCACGCCGGCGUCUACGAGUGCGUGGCCCGCAACCGCGCCGGGGAGAGCCGCUUCACCAUGAGGCUGGACGUCAUCGCCCAGGAGCUGCUGCGCCCGCCCACCUUCACACAGAGGAUGCAGAACUCGCGGGCCGUGGAGGGCGACACCGUGCGCCUGGAGUGCAAGGUGGACGCCUCGCCUCCGCCCCAGCUCCACUGGAAGAAGGACAAGGACAUGCUGCGCAUCGACCCCCAACGCAUGAGCCUGUACCAGGACGGCUCAGGCAGGCAGUGCUUGCUCCUGGAGAGGCUGACCAAGGCGGACGCUGGCUGGUACACCCUCUCCGCCAUCAACGAGGCGGGCAUGUCCACGUGCAAUGCCAGGCUGGACGUAAGCACCCGGACGACCCAACCCAUGAAGACAGCGCCCCCUGGCUCCAAAACCCUGAAACUGCUCAGCUCCUUGAGUCCCCGGGCCCCGCCCGCUGCGGCCCCCCCGGCCCAACACACCGCGCCGCUGUACGAGAGCGAGGAGCUCUAGGUCCCCAGACCGCCUCGAGGGUCCUCAGAGGGGCUAGCAUCCCAGUCAGACACAGAGCUACCUGUUAGUGGGAGGCCCCGGUCUACUGGUUUGUUUCUUUAGAUGCUCAGGGUGGGAUUCGAAGGAAUAAGGUUUUCGUUAUGGUGAAGUGCCCUGGAUAUAUUACUGUGUCUAUGUCUUGAACUCUUAGCUUCUAUUUUUCUGGCUGGUCAUGUUUGAUACAUGUUUUGAUGCCGCUAUCUGUCCCUGUAUUAGUAAUCGUUUUAUUCUCGUUGAGAAAAAAGGAAGGUGCAACUACCCGUAAUCCAACACUGCCGUAGCAUCUCAGUCGACCCUCCCUCUGCCUCUGUCUCCACCCUGCACUUUAGUCCUGGUUCUCUGCCUUUCUCUCCCUCCAUUUGUGUUUCUCUCUCAGUUCUACUGCCCUUGUCAGUGCUUGACUCUAAUGAUAAUACUGUCAAGCGGUGCGUUAACUUGUGUUUGAACUACAGCUGCUGCUGUGGUUCCUUGAGGAGGGAGAGCUGAAUUCACAGUGGCAUCACAGAAAUUGAAUUAAGUAAUAAUAAGAACAUAUUUUCCUCAAACGGUGAAAGAAAAACCCUUUCAUUAGGCUCCCAGGAAAGGCUGUUAGUUCCAGUAUGCAUGCUGCCUAAUACUCCACAUCGGUUUGAUUCAGGAUCCUCAUAGUGUGUGCAAACUGGAACUGAAACAGCAAGUGAAAAGGUUAUUUAUUUGCAGUCUAAGUGACAACUGCAUUGGGACAUAACUGUGAGAUCCAGGUCUGGAAAUGGCUAGGAUGAAUGAAGAAGCUUUUACUCAUUGAACUGUGGUGCAAAAAUCUAGUCCUCUACUAGUGAGAAUAUGAAAACGGAGGGAAGGUCAAAGGUCAAACAGGUUUAGACUUGCCAAACUCUAACCAGCUUCAAUCCAAGCUUGAGACUGAAGGGGUGUCAGAAGCUGUUUUAUUAAGCCGAAGCCAAACUCCCCAUGAGCCUCAGAGUGUAUUUAUUAUUAGCUUUAUGUGUGAGUGCAUUCAUGUUAACCAGCAUUGCUAGUUCCAGUUGUUAAAGCCAGUUGGUGAACAAAAACAGAAAAGGUGCCACCUGGUUUUCUCUAUAAAAUGUUCAUGAGAAUAUACUUGUACGGUUCAACAAAUUAUGUUUUUUCAAAAGGCAUUUGGGAACAUGGGCCUUGGGUUUGGUUGUGAGAGGUUGAUUUUCUUCAGAUAGUAUUGUGUGUAUCCUCCUAAUGUAUUGUUUGUUGUGUAACAGGUUGAUAUUCCACUGGAUGAAUAAGGAAUAAAGUCCUUUAUGACCUCAGGUCCAUCAA